CAUCCUGAAUGGCCAAGAAUCCAGAAAAUCGAAAAAAUAAAAAAGAUAAAUUACUUUUGCUAUUCCUUUCUUCAACCCAUCCACAUCAGAAAUCUGUGGAAGAUUGGUCUCGGUUUUUGGAGGGUCAAAUCUCUUGGACGAGGGUUUUGGAAAAAGCCCAUGAAUAAUCUCUUCCAACAACCCAGAGUGUGAGGGCUCUUUGGGUAAGAACUCCGAGCACUUGUUGUGGUGGUGGUGCGGGCAGAAACGGUGUCAUUGGAGGUGGAGGAGUCUUGGUCUUGGCUCUUGGUUUUUGGGUCAGUGUCGUCCUUGAGGGAGGUGCUAAAGGCGUCUCUUGGUGAUGGUGGCGGCGGCGUUCAUGGGUGUGGCGGAGAAGAAGCAAGAAGGGAGGAAUCGCCGGAUAAAGUAGAAUCGUGGUGUAAGAGAGAUGGAGAAGAAGAGGGGGAGGAAGGUGAUGGAGGACAAGGAGGAGGUUGCUCACAAGGGAAUUGCGGCGUCAUUCCUGUGCAUUGCAGUGUUUGCAUUUUUGGUGCGAGUGGCCGUAUCCCUCCAUCCAUAUUCUGGUGCAGGAAAUCCUCCAAAGUAUGGGGAUUUUGAGGCACAGAGGCAUUGGAUGGAGAUCACCCUUAAUUUGCCACCCAAGGAAUGGUAUUCUAACAGUACAAGCAAUGAUCUCAGCUACUGGGGACUUGACUAUCCUCCCCUUACUGCCUACCAGAGUUAUGUCCAUGGCCUGCUUCUCAGAUUCUUCCAUCCUGAAGCAGUUUCUCUUUUCGCUUCUCGAGGCCACGAGUCUUAUCUUGGAAAACUUCUCAUGAGGUGGACAGUUCUAUCGUCUGAUGCACUGGUGUUCUUUCCUGCAGUUUUAUAUUUCAUUGCUGUGUACUAUGCGGGUCACUCAAAUGGCCGUAAAACUGACAUAGCAUGGCACAUUGCAAUUAUGUUACUAAAUCCAUGUCUGGUGCUAAUAGAUCAUGGUCAUUUUCAGUACAAUUGUAUCAGCUUGGGCCUUACUGUUGCAGCUGUUGCUGCUGUUCUCUCUGAAAAAGAGCUAUUAGCUUGUUUCUUGUUCUGUCUUGGUCUCAACCACAAACAGAUGACAGCAUAUUUUGCACCUGCAUUUUUUAGCCAUCUCUUGGGUAAAUGUCUUAGGCGCCAAAAUCCUCUUCUUGAAGUAUCGAAACUGGGCCUUGUGGUCUUGGGAACAUUUGCACUUGUUUGGUGGCCAUAUCUCCACUCAAUGGAAGCCUUUUUAAGGGUUCUCGCUCGCCUUGCUCCUUUUGAGAGAGGGAUAUUCGAGGAUUAUGUGGCUAACUUUUGGUGCACCACUUCAGUUCUUAUAAAAUGGAAGAAAAUGUUCGCAACAGAAUCGCUGAAGCUUUUUAGCCUGGGUGCGACUAUUUCGAGUUGUCUGCCUUCAAUGGUUCAGCAGAUAUGGGCGCCAAGCAGCCAAGGUUUCCUUUAUGGACUACUGAAUAGUGCAUUCUCAUUCUAUAUGUUCUCAUUCCAAGUGCAUGAGAAGUCAAUUUUGCUGCCUCUCCUGCCUGCAACCCUUUUGGCACUUGAAGAGCCUUUUCUACUUAAAUGGAUUACACUUAAUGCCUUGUUCUCUAUGUUCCCUCUUCUAUGUCGUGACAAACUGGUUCUGCCAUACAUUGCACUAUCUGCACUCUUCAUCCUUAUUUGUCAUCAUGUGCCAGACAGAAGACAAGAUAGAAAGGAGACACGUUCCUUCAAUUCAUUUAUGACAACCUUUCUUGUAUUCUGCUCUGUUGUUCUUCAUGGCGUUUACUUAACCAUGGAUCCUCCAAGUAGAUAUCCUUUCCUUUUUGAGGCUGUGAUUAUGCUUCUUUGCUUUUCACAGUUCAUGUUUCUUGCUUUUUACUCUAAUGCAAAGCAAUGGAUGUUGUUGAAACACACCAUUUUGAUGGAUAAAGAAAAGAAACUUCUUUGAUCCUUUGCUUGAAAAAUUAGGUUCAUUCUGUUACUGCUUCUUCUUGGUUUCAGUCGUUGGGGGCAGCAAACUCUUGUAAUUUGUGUUGAUUUAUGAAGGGGAGAAGAAACUUGCCCCUUGUCAUGUCUUUUUUCUUUUUUC